AUCGACUCCGAGUGUUCCUUAGUUCUCAUCGGACGGGAGCAAGAUGACGAUGAGAAGGCUUGCUUCGGUUUCGCCACUUCUAUGUCGAGCUUUCGCUAGGAAAAACCUAUUGGAUAGAUCCUCCAAGUCUCAGAUAAAUGUGAUCCGCUGUUACUGUGAUCGAUCUCAGCAGCCUUCUCCAAGGCGUCCAGGACCACUUAAAGUCUAUAGGAGUUUAGUUGAGGAAGGAAAGCUCCAAUAUGAUCCUUACCAGGAAAGUGUGGCUACUGAAUUGGAAAACUUACUUGGGAGGUUGGAGCAGUAUGAGAAAGAUAUGGAGCAAUUCCAUAUUAACCUGGCCAAUUGGGAGAAGAACCGGGAGGAUGAGCGGCGCAAGCUUUUGAUGGAGGAAGCUGAGCUCAAACAAAAGGGUGGUGUUUGGACUACAGUAAAUAAACACCGAAAUAAGCUUGUUGAGAAAUGGAUUUCACGGAAAAAAAAUGAGAACAUAGAACCAGGGGUUGGAAAAUGGGUGUCUUACCUUAAUCGGGAAAAGAAGUUGGAUUCACUAGUUGGCCGCCGACCAGUUGCCCCUCCGGCCCCAAAAGGACUGUAUUUAUAUGGAAAUGUUGGAAGUGGAAAAACAAUGCUUAUGGACAUGUUCUACAGUGCCACCGAAGGUAUUGUUAAACAUCGACGGAGGUUUCACUUUCACGAGGCUAUGCUUGAAAUACAUGAGCAUAUGCAUAAGAUAUGGAAAAACCAAGUUGAGGAGAAGUCCUUGCAGUCUGGUAUUUCUAGCUGGAUUAUGAACCUUCCAUUUGACAAUAAAGUAAAACAGUGGCUGGCUGCAGAAGAAAGAUAUAUGCAAGAAGUACAGAUGAAGAAUAUCCUUCCUACUGUGGCAGAUAAGUUUCUUGUAGAUCGGCAAAUGAAUCAGAGAGGAGCAAGUAUUCUUUGCUUUGAUGAAAUACAGACUGUUGAUGUAUUUGCUAUUGUGGCCUUAUCUGGAAUUUUAAGCAGAUUGUUGAGUACUGGAACUGUUCUUGUGGCUACUAGCAAUAGAGCACCACAAGAUUUGAAUCAGGAUGGCAUGCAGCGAGAGAUCUUCCUAAAAUUUGUCGCGAAGCUGGAACAGCACUGUCAAAUUGUUGCGGUUGGAAGUGAGAUUGAUUAUCGCCGUUACAUAGCAAAAAGAUCCAUAGACCAGUGGCCACUCUCAGACUCGAAGCCACAUUCUCACGCUUGCCAGCCUGAGAUUUUACCAUUAUGCCUAGUUCACUACUUCUGGCCUUUAGAUAGCCAUGCUGUUAAAGAAUUUGAUAAAAUAUGGUGCAAAAUCAUCAAUAAAUCUGGAGGAAGGAUUAGUGCUACUACCAUUCCAGUGAUGUUUGGAAGAACUUUGGAGGUUCCUGAAAGCUGUAAUGGGGUAGCAAGAUUCACAUUCGAAUAUCUAUGUGGUCGCCCGGUAGGGGCAGCAGAUUAUAUUGCAAUAGCUAAAAACUAUCACACAGUCUUUAUAUCUGACAUUCCUGUGAUGAGUAUGCGCAUUCGCGACAAGGCCCGGAGAUUUAUUACACUUAUUGAUGAACUGUACAAUCACCAUUGCUGCCUAUUCUGUACGGUAGCUUCUUCUAUUGAUGAUAUAUUUCAGGGAACAGAUGAGGGGACACUUUUUGAUUUGGAAAGUUUCCAAUUUGAAACAGAGAUAGAAGGUACGAGGCUUCGUAGAGAUGUGUUAGCAAAAGGUAGUGUGGGUUCAGGUGGUUCACCAGCUGGUAUUGCAUCCCUACUAUCUGGUCAAGAAGAAAUGUUUGCCUUCCGCCGAGCAGUGUCACGCUUAAUUGAAAUGCAGACUCCACUGUACCUGGAAGGAGUUUGUUCGCUUCAUCCAUUUUUUCGGAACCAACACAAAGAACUAUCCAGUGAUCGUAGAUGUUCCUUGCAACCUCAAUCAUAAUCGUGACCCUUGAAUUUCAUUGUGACUGCUUCCCAAUAUAAUUCUAACUUCAUUUGUUUUCAUCACUCUCACCAUCUUUCUUACCUCCCCUUCACCCCGGUUAGGCAACUAAAAUAGUGGUGGAAGGUGCUCCUAAGAACACUUGUCUAUGUUAAAUAAAUAAAUAUAUAUAUAUAUAUAUUUGUAAUAUUUAAUAUGGUAAUUGUGUUUUACAGAAUCAUCAA